AACAUGAACAGUUUAGAUUGAUAAAGGAAGAGAAGAUUUUAGAAGCAAAUUAUUCUAAGAUUAUAGAAACAAACAACCAAAAUAGUAAAGAAAUUAAGAAAGAUAAAGCAAGAUUAGAAUUAAAAGAUAUAUAUAAAUGCAGAAGCAGAACUAAAAGGACUAAUAUAUAUGAAAGUGAAAGUGAUAAAGUAUCUACUAGUAGACAAGAAACCUGCUCUGAAGAAUUCAAAAAUGAUCUAAAUAUAAUUACUAUAUAG